AUGGCCUCGGUCACCAAAGAUCUAGGUUUUACGAUCACCACCUCUACUUCAUAUGAAGCUCCAUACGUUGUGGCAAAGAGGUUCUCAGCUUUGGACCAUUUAACUGGUGGCCGGUUCGGUUGGAAUAUUGUGACCUCGUGGAAGGAGUCUGCUGCAAAAGCUCGGUAUGAGAUUGCCGACGAGUACCUGACCUCAUUGUAUAAGCUGUGGGAGGGCAGCUGGGCCGACGACGCUCUCCAAGAGAAUGCUGAAAUAGGCGUCUAUACCGAUCUAAGUCGCAUCAACUACAUCCACCACCACGGCGAACAUUUCAAAUUCGAUGGUCCUCACAUCCUGGACCCAUCCCCGCAGCGCACACCCUUCCUCUUCUAG